AUGCCUAGUUUGAUCAUGAACCCGAUUGUAUUGCCCAAGGCCGACAGCAGGAUCGCCGUUGUCAUAGUCAGCAGACUGAACAUGAUGAUGAUGAUGACAAGGAGAGGGUUCGGUAAGAAGGCUAAGAAGGGACAGCAAGUGGAUAAGGAGGAGGAAGUACCACUGAAAGCUAUCCGUCCUGCUGCCCCUGCACCAGUGGCGAGAUAUGCUGUAGAUGUUAGUAAGCUAGAGGGUAGUAGGGCAGUCACACCGAAGGAGAUUGGUUUGGUCAUGGCCGAGGCAGUGAGUGAUGCUACAUUGAAGCAGGUCUUAUCCCAAGCUGCUGAGGAAGGCAGGACGGAUGAUGAUUUGUUUAAGGCCUUAUCCAACGGCAAUGUCGAUGGUAAUGAUCAUGGGUCCGCACAUGAAGUGGACCGUCCUCUCUAUCGCACGGUAUUGGAGUAUUCGGAGAUCGGUAUCCCUUACAGAACUCGGCCAAGUGCCUUCUUCAAUAUCAUUAUAGCAAGAGCUAUCGCCGAGAUGGAUUCCAUUGACAGUAAGGAUAUCUUCUCAUUAUGGCAUACCAUGUGCUAUCUGAGGAUACCUUGGAAGAUGGAGGAGGAUCGUAAGCGGAUGGCUGAGGAGGUCGUUAAACGGUCGUCCAUGAUGGGAGCUGCUGAGCUGGAGGAUAUCAUCGAUGCAGCCUAUGCAUGCAGUAUGAUGUCCUUACAGGCAUUGAAGGAGGAUGGAUAUCAAUCAAGUACUCUAGGGCCACUAGUUAGGGUCAUUAUCAGUCGGAUACAAGAUGGUGUACCCGAUACGUGGUUUAUGGACGACCAUCGUUCGGCCCAUCGACGGCUACUCCUCAUCAGAGCACAUUUAAGAUACUGUCUACGAGACGACUUGUACCUACCCCUGUCUGACGAAGCUAAAACGGUCCUUCGUAGAGUUCAUCGAAUAGAUAUGAAUGCUGAUAGUGUAGUGGAGAAGUAUCCGGAAAAUGCCCAUCCAUUGCGGUUGCCCAAGUUUCUAACACAACUUAGUCAGAUCUUACGCAAGUUGAAGGUAGCUCAUUUCGUUCGUGCUCGACGUGGACCAUUCACUUUCGACAUUCUGGAGAGGGAUAGGAGAUUGAUCUGGGAGUGCAAUAACUUCGAUCGAUACUAUGGAUCUUCCUUUGAUAAGCUAGCAACACGUCGGCUAGAAGAGCGUAUUAUCAAAGCCAUGGGAUACAGGAUUGUACAGGUACCCUUUUGGCAUUGGAGACGUGUGACGUUGAAGUCGAGAAGAACUGAUAUGAUUAGGAUGAGCAGGUUCAUUGCAUUGAGAGACUUUAGAGAGCGGCAUAUGGCAAAGGGGGAUGUUGACCAGUAUUCGGAUCCUACCAAGUUCAACGCUAGAGAGUGCGCUCUCGAUAGCAACUCCUUCCAGUAUAUCGGCGAGAACUUCUUUAAAGCACAGAAGCCUAGUAAGGCAUGGAUGCUGUCAGGGGCGGGUUUAAAGUUACAGAAACUCCCAACAAGGAUCACCAUGUGA